AUGGUAACAAACAUGGAAUCAUUAAAAAAUUUUGUUCGAUACAGUUGGUAUUCAUCACCAAAAGUACGUACAAAUAUUAUCAAUGAUCUUAUUGAAUCGUUUCAAACAAAUCAAACAGAUGAUCUACCCGAUCCUGCUUUGAAAAUAUUGGCUCAUACAAUAGGUCAACUUAUUCCAUUGUAUACAACGACGAAAUCGCGUGUUCUUCUUAGUAGACUUUUGGAUGCAGUUAUCCGGAAAUAUAAAGAAAGAAUUUUGAAAUUAAUUAUCCAUGCAUUCGAUGUUCAGUCACGUACAAUUUGUAAAGUACAUUCACACCGUAAUGCACGAUUUCAAGCCGAUUACGGUUUUAUUUAUAUGUCAAACAUUGUACUAGCAAGUAAUGGAAUAGCAAUCGAAGAAGAAACCGAUAAAUUGAUUUUAUUAAUCGUGUCAAGAUUUAUUUCAACUUUAUUGGCUGAUUCAUCCACUUCUGCAGGAUUGAUAUUAGUUGACAAACGUCUGAAUCAUCUAUUCAAACAGGUUCCAACACUAGUCGAAAGUUGGGUAAAUUUAUUAAAUUCAAUAUCUGAACCUGAUCUAGCUCAUUUGGGCUUGAUCAGUGCUCUAUUAUAUUGUCUGAAAACUAAAGAAACAACAUUAUAUGAACAAAUCAAAACCAUUGGUAUUGAUUCCUAUGCAAAAUUAAUUCUUGGUACAAGAACAAAACCUUAUGAAACAGCGUUAAAACCUUGUAAUGAAAUUUUAAGUGCAAUGGAUCUUGAAUCCUUCAAAACAAAAGUUUAUCCAGUAUUGAAUCGAUCACUUCUUCGUAAUCCGGAAGUUAUCAUCGAAGCUGUACCACCAUUGCUCAGUAGUUUAUCAUUCGAUUUAAGUUAUACUGCCAAUGAACUUUCUAAACAAUUAGCUCCACCAUUGAUAUCAAAAACUGAAAGUUUAGAAGCAUCUGCAUUAGCUUCAUUUCGUACUCUUGCCAAACAAAUUUCAAAUGGUGAAACCAUCAUCAGUAUCGUUCAAUAUUUAUUCAAUAUUUUCAAUGGAACUGAAUCUUCUGUGAAUAAACUAUCGGUGAUAAGUCAACGUGAAAAUUUGCUAAGUGCAAUCGGUGCAUUUAGUCGAUCGCCAAGUACAAGCAUAUCACAAGAUGAUAUCUUGAAAAUACUCGACAAAUAUUUCUAUCCAAUGAUUCAACAAGAAGUCCAUGAAGGUCUUAUUUGUCAUAUGUUACAACAAAUGGCUAGUUGGUGUUCAAGAUUAACUAAUACCAAUCAAGCAUUAACGGACUUUUUUAAAAAAGGACUUGAACAAAAGAAUACUACUGCAAUUACACGAGCAGCGUAUCUUCAAUGUAUUUUAGUGACAUAUAAAGAGGAUAAUUUAACUGGUUUAAUACCAAUGCAUACAAUAUUAAUGGCACCAUACGAACGUGGUGUAAACCAAUCGACGUUAAUCAAUUGUCUUCAUGAAGCAUUAUUAGCUGCACUUAUUAUGAUAAACAUAGCUCAAAUGAAUUCUUCCUAUGACAACAAAUUAACAGCAUUAUGGUCUUCGUUAAACGAUAGCAAAAAACAAAUUUUUACCACAGAUAAAUUUCAAAAAGAAAUUAAUCCAGCUGGUGCUCGCGUUUUCUUUCAAUUAUAUGAACAACUUCAUGGAACAUUACACAUUCAAGAUAUGGUUCCAUACACUCGAACAUUUAUUUAUUUAAUUUUGCAUUCAUCCUAUGACGUACGCAAACCAGCCUAUGAUAUCAUUCGUCGUCUUGUUAAUAAUUUACGUUCAACUGACACCGAUAUAAGUUUAGCACUCUUAACUGGAUUAACUUCAUUUCUUGAUCAUUUUCAAGUGACGAAUGAAACCUCAUCGAAUGAUGACGCAAAUCAACAAUUGAACUUAACAACAGUUUCGAAAGCUUUUGAGGAAACAAUUCUAUGUAUAGCUAAAUCAAUGCGAAUGCAGGAUGAAAAAUUCAAACAAACUCUAGCUAAUCGAGCGUUACUUGCUUGUUGUUCAAGUUCAAUUUUACUUUCAAGUAGUGAAAAACUUUGGCUCAAAUUUCUUUAUCUUAUAUUCGAUAAAAAACAGAAUGAAGCAGAAGAUUAUUUUAAAAAUAACGUGAACUCUCUUGUUCAAAUUUGUACAACAAAUCAACGAUUAACAAAAGAACAAAUAUCAGCUAUAAGUCUUCUAUGUUCAAUAAAACCAAAUCUUUUCUUAAAAUCUUUUCUACAAAUUGCUUAUGAACGUCUUCAACCUGCUAGCUAUUUAUUAGUCAGCAAACGAUCAUAUGAAAUAAUGAAAACACCGCCAGGCGAAGUAUAUGAUAAAAGCGUUCUGGAAAGUAUAUUGAAACAUGAAGCAAAAGACACAGGAAAUGUUAAACGAGAAAGUAAAAAUUAUUCCUAUAAAGAACAAAUGGCUGCACGAGAAUUGGAAAAGGAAUUAGCUGCAAAACAAAAUAAAGCUGCUGUUCCACAAUUAACGAAAAAACAACAAGAAAUGCUUCAACAACAACUCGACCAAGAACAAGCAACUCGUGAUAAUGUUAAAAAAAUCGACGAAGAUGCAAAGAAUGUUUUUGAAAUAUUUACAAAUAUUGUUAAAAGUACUCAAGAACUAUUUAUCCCUUAUCUUGGUGAACUUGUCGCUCAUAUUUGGCCAACAUUAAAAUCACCAGUAGCGUUUAAUUAUGCUAAAGAUUUAUAUAUUGCUCUCGUACCGAUCGUCUUCAUGAAUGAUAAAGAUACAUUUGGUUACGCAAUCGCUUAUUUGGCUGUGCGACUAAAUUCUGAUCCAUCAACGGUUCAACAGCAAUUAGAUAAAUGUUGGCUUCAAGAAGAUCUAUUGGUCGCUAUUGAACGUUUACUUGCAUGUCUCUAUGAAAAUACACAACAAGCUAAAAAAUUCAAUCAAUUGUCGAUUGCAAGACUUGACUAUUGUCUACCUUUAUUUAAAAAUAUCGUCAGCCAUUCAAAAUGCACAAAUGAAUGGACAACAUCAAUCUUAAAUAUUUGUCGAGAAUAUUUUUCAGCAGUUUCAACAUCGGAUCCUGAUAAUCAUCCAUCGUUAUUACCGCGUCGGGAUCUUAUUCGUUUAUUUCUCGAUAUCAAUGCUGUAUCAAAAUCUAUUCAAGUUCAAAAUGAUGCAUCUGAAAUGUUGGAAAAACUGUGUGAAUUAUUUUGUACAUAUGAAAGCGAUGAUGAUAUUCAAGUUUUACUUGACAAUCUUCAAUCGUCUAUUCCAAGUGUACGAGAAAGUUGUGUACUGUCAUUGAAAAAACUAGUCACCCGAUUACAUAAAGUACAUCCAACACUCGAAGCUGAUAUUGCGCGUCGUUUAUUAAUCGUAUGCGAAGAUCCUGAAGAACAUGUGAAAAAAAUUGCUACCGAAUUAUGGCCUCAAACAAAUUUAAAAGUCAAAUCAGAAAAUGUUAGAGACUUUCUUAGAGAUGUUGUUCAUCCAGAAUAUUUCGUUCGUGAACCAGCUACACAUGCAUUACCAAAAUUAUUAGAAGCAUCAUUUCCUCAAUUAGUACCUUUUAUUCUUAGUGAUCUUUUCGAUAUUUAUACAAAAAAUAAUAAGCUUCCACCUCCAAUCGUUGAUCAAUUUGGCCGACAAAUUCAAGCUCAACCAGUCGAUACAUGGGAGCCACGUGCUGGUGUAGCAGAUUGUCUUUUUCAUAUGGCAUCGCUUGUUGGAAAUAAUAUUGAAGAUUUAUUUAAAUUUUACGUUCCAACAGCAUUAAAUGAUCGGCAUGCGGAUGUUCGUAGUGACAUGCUUCGCGCAGCAACAUCAACAAUUGAUAUACACGGACGAGAUCAUUUAACAAUGUUACUACAAAUCAUGGAAGACUUUCUUAAAGAAGCUCCUAAAACAGCUGAUUAUGAUUCAGUUCGUCAAAACGUUGUUAUUCUUAUGGGUAAAUUAGCUAAAGAUAUGGAUAAAGAUAGUACAAAAGUAAAAAACAUUCUUGGACAACUUAUAUCAACAUUAAAUACACCGUCACAACAAGUUCAAGCAGCUGUUGCUGAUUGCCUUCCACCAUUGGUCCCAGCAAUUAAAGAUGAAGCUGGAGUUUAUGUUCAACAAUUACUUAAUGUUUUACUUAAAUCAGAAGAUUAUGCUGAGAAAAAAGGGGCUGCUUAUGGUUUAGCUGGCUUUAUUAAAGGUUUAGGCAUUCUGGCUGUUAAGCAAUACAAUGUUCUUACUGAAUUAACAGAUGCAAUUCAAGAUAAAUCAAAUGCUAAACGACGAGAAGGUGCACUUUUUGGUUUGGAAAUGUUAACAUCAAUGUUAGGCCGACUCUUUGAGGUAUAUAUUGUUAAUAUACUGCCACAUCUACUAUUAUGUUUUGGUGAUAAUGAUGCUAAAGUUCGUGAUGCUGCAGAAGAUUGUGCAAAAGCUAUUAUGAGCAAAUUGACAAGUCACGGUGUUAAGAUUGUUCUACCAGGACUUUUGAAAGGAUUAGAAUCAGAUUUAUGGCGAACAAAAUGUGGAGCUGUUGAAUUACUCGGUGCCAUGGCACAUUGUGCACCAAAACAACUAUCAACAUGUUUACCAAGUAUUGUGCCAAAGCUCAUCGAAGUUCUCACCGAUUCUCAUCAACGUGUACAAAAAAGUGGUACUCAAGCAUUAAAACAAAUUGGUUCGGUAAUUAAAAAUCCUGAAAUUCAAGCUAUUGUUCCUGUUUUACUCGAUGCUUUACAAGAACCAACUAAGAAGACACAAGCGUCACUUCAAAUAUUAAUUCACACACGUUUUGUUCAUUUCAUUGAUGCUCCUUCACUCGCCUUAAUUAUUCCUGUUAUUGAACGUGCAUUUCAAAAUCGUUCAACUGAAACAAGAAAAAUGGCUGCACAAAUUAUUGGCAAUAUUUAUUCAUUGACUGAUGCAAAAGAUCUUACGCCUUAUUUAACAAGUAUUCUUCCUGGAUUGAAAACUUCUUUACUUGAUCCUGUUCCUGAAGUUCGUGCUGUUUCAGCACAUGCACUCGGUUCAAUGGUUCGUGCCAUGGGCGAAGAAGCCUUUCAAGAAAUUGUACCUUGGCUUAUGGAACAUCUUGUACUUGAAUCAAGUCCAGUUGAUCGAUCGGGCGCUGCUCAAGGUUUAAGUGAAGUUAUAUUUGGUCUUGGCGCAGAUCGUCUUGAGAAAUCAAUGAAAGAAAUUAUUGAACGUUCACAACAAAUGGAUCUAGCUGCACAUGUUCGCGAUGGUUACAUGAUGAUGUUUAUCUAUUUACCGAUUAGUUUCGGAGAGAAAUUUCUUCCUUAUGUCGGACGAAUUAUUCCACCAAUUUUGAAGGGUUUAGCGGAUGAAACAGAAUUUGUUCGUGAUACGGCACUGAAAGCUGGUCAACGUAUUGUUAAUAGUUAUGCUGAAACAGCCAUAUCAUUAUUCGUACCUGAACUUGAACAAGGUCUUUUCGAUGACAAUUGGCGUAUCCGUUAUAGUUCAGUUUUAUUACUUGGAGAAUUAUUAUUUAAAGUAUCAGGUGUAACAGGAAAAGCAACAACAGAAAGUGUUGAUGAAGAUGAUAAUUUUGGUACUGAAUAUGGUUUACAAGCAAUUACGCAUGCCUUAAGUCGAGAGCGACGUGACAGAGUUCUUUCAGGUUUAUAUAUGGGCCGAUCGGAUAUUUCAUUGACGGUACGACAAUCGGCUUUACACGUUUGGAAGACAAUUAUAUCGAAUACGCCGCGUACGCUUAGAGAAAUUUUACAAACAUUAUUCACACUUUUAUUGGGUUGUUUGGCAAGUUCGAAUUAUGACAAACGACAAAUUGCAGCACGAACAUUGGGUGAUUUAGUUCGCAAAUUGGGUGAACGUGUUCUACCGGAAAUUAUUCCGAUACUCGAGAAAGGCCUCGAUUCACAACAAAGUGAUCAACGACAAGGUGUCUGCAUUGGUCUUAGUGAAAUCAUGGCAGCAUGCAGUCGAGAUUACAUAAUCGCAUUUUCAAGUACAAUAAUUCCAACGGUGCGACGUGCUCUACUUGAUCCCUUAGUUGAAGUUCGUCAAUCAGCGGCUAAAACAUUUGAAAAUCUUCAUUCAAGCAUUGGUACACAAGCAUUAGAUGAAAUUCUACCCUAUUUAUUGAAUGUCAUGCAAAAGGAUCCAAUACCAAAUGUAACAAAUGGCGAUCAAAAUAAUAAAGAAGACGAACAAGAAAAAGAAGAAACUGAACGUGAUUUUGCUCUUGAUGCACUACAACGUAUCAUGCAAUUAAAAUCUCGUGUUGUUUUACCAUAUCUGGUACCACAUCUAAUUCAACCACCGGUAGACAUAAAAGCAUUAGCCAGUUUAACACUAGUUGCUGGUGAUGCAUUAGCAAGACAUUUAAGUCGAAUUAUCCAAGCUGUUAUUACGCAUAUUGCCGAUGAAAAAGAUCCUCAAGCUAAACAACAGCAUCUGUUUUAUGCUGAACAAUUAUUAGCAGCAAUCAAUGAUCCUGAUGGUGUCCAACUUGUCAUACGUGAAUCACAAGAUUUUUCGCGUUCAUCAAAAGUUAAUAUUCGUGUGGUAACAAUUACUUUGUUAUCAUCAUUUUGUAAAAAAGCCAAAGGUACAUAUCAAGAUUCCAUCGAUGACCUGAUUCGUAUUUGUAUUAAUUUAUUAAAUGAUGAUAACGAACAAGUACUUAAUACAGCAUGGGAUUGUAUCGAUACUAUUAUCAAAGAUAUGGAUCAACUUGAAUUACAAAAACGUUUGCCUGUUGUUCGCCAAGCAUUACGCAGUGCACAAUCAAAUAGUCGAGAACGUGGCCGACUUGUUGGUUUAUGCUUACCGAAAAAGGGUAUCGGAUGUAUUUUACCGAUAUAUAAAGAAUGUAUUCUUAAUGGUCCUCCGGAAUUACGUGAAUCGGGUGCCAACGGUUUAAAUGAAGCAAUUAAUCUUUCGGAUGCUGAAGCUCUUAAAUCAUCGAUUAUGAACGUGACAGGUCCAUUAAUUCGUGUGUUAGGCGAACGAUUUAGUACUGAUAUUAAAGUGGCUAUUCUUGAAACAUUGAGUACAUUUAUGGCAAAAGUUGGCGUUCAAUUGAAACCAUUUUUACCACAACUUCAACCAACACUUCUCAAAGGUCUUAAUGACCCAGCGCGUCAAGUUCGUGUGAAAGCUGGUAAUGCUUUAGGAUUACUAAGUCAAAUUCACGUACGAAUCGAUCCGAUAUUUGUUGAACUUUUAAAUGGAUUAAAAAUGAAUGAUGAUCCUUCAUUCAAAGAAACAUUUUUAUUAGCAUUGAAAAACUGUUUAGCAGCUGUUGCCUCGAAACUAUCUGACGAUAUGAAAAAGCAAACUGAACAAUCGCUCAUUAAUUGUCAAUCAAACGAAAGUGACGUUGUUCGGCAAACAGCAUUAAGUUGCAAAGAAAUUCUGUUAUCAUCUAGUUAA